AUGUGUAUAGUAUACCAAAAAGUUAUUUAUUUAAAUGUUCUUUAUGCUGUGAAUGCUAUUGCUGGUGCUUUUAUAUUUUUUGUUACAAAAUCAAGAAUUGAAUCACCCUUAGAAUUAAAACGCAGUAAAGUUCAUCUAAGAACUUUUCCAGAAUUUGAACAAAAAGAAAUAAAUAAUCCUAAAAGUAAAACGUCUUAUAUAAAUCUAGAUAAACUCUGGGAAAAGGAAUGUGAUGAAAGAAGAAAGAAUUUGUAUAAUAUGAGUAAGAAUUUAUUCUGGAAAUGGAAAAAGACAUGUAUAAAGCAUAAUAUACAUUUUAAUUGGGACAUGGAAAAAUGGAGUAUUUGGAAAGAUAUAAUGAACAAAGAUAUACUAAGAGAAGAACAAAAAGAUAAAAAUGAUUACACAAUUUUUAAGGAUAAAAAUUAUAAUUUCAUUGAAUUUAAUCAUUUUAUUAUAGGAAAGAGAAGUUCAUUCAAACUCUUUUGUGAAAAUAUGUUAAAAAAAUGGGAUAUAUUUUAUAUGAACUCUUUAAAGGAUUGGGAUGAACACAAGAAAAAAAUUAUUAAAGUUGAUGAAAAAAAAAAGAAUAACAAAAAGAAGAUAAAAACUUUGAAAAUAAGAAAAAAAUAA